UGCUCAUUCUGAUCUUACCACCGUACACUCCCCUACCCGAAAAUAUUAAUUUGACCUUACGAAAAUGACCAAGAAGCGUCUGAACGUUGUGAUUGUAAGAAAAACAUACUCGACCCACUACCCAAAUUCUAACAAUCAUAAUUCAAAAAGGUAGGUGGCUCCCUCAGUGCUCUUUUCCACGGAAUUGUCCUCCGGCGGUUGGGACAUCAUGUUCGAAUCCUCGAACGCAGCGCCCCGUCCCAGCAACAGAGUCUCGGGGCCGGUAUCGCCGCCAUGGAACAUGUUCAGUCAUUCAUGAGAAAAUACGACGAGACUAAGACACCUUACUGUGUAACGAGUCCAGAUGUGCAAUAUCUUGACCAAGCUGUCAAUAUCAAAAGCACGUGGAAUUUCUCCAUGGUGACGACUAGCUGGAAGAUACUAUAUUAUGUCAUGCGAGCCAAUUUCGAUGGUCUGGAAAGCAAUCUCUGUGUUCAAGUACCCCAGCCAGCGGAGCAGCACGGCUCAGCCACUUAUGAGCACGGGAAAGAAGUAAUGGGCAUCGAAUACAAAGAUGAGCUUGUCACGGUUCAAUACCGUGAUACGGGGAGCGACUCCCAUGCGACUGUUCAUGCCGAUCUAGUGAUUGCAGCCGAUGGGGCUUCUUCUGGAUUACGUCAACAUUUGCAGCCACAUCUACAGCAGAAGUAUGCGGGUUAUGUAGCUUGGAGGGGGAUCGCGGCCGAGAGUGAGAUUUCGGAGGAAACUAAAGCGAUUUUUGCCUGCAAGGCUACUUUCCAUAUGUACAAGGGUGGUUAUAUUGUUCUGUGCGUGGCUCAUCUCAAAUUCUGUGUCUAUUUGUAAUCUAAUCGUGUCCUAUAUAGUUAUACCAUCCCAGGCGAAGACGGUAAUCUUUCUCCAGGCCACAGACAACUCAAUUGGGUGUGGUACAACACACACCCGGAAAACUCACAGGGGUAUCGGGACGUAAUGACCGACGCAGAUGGCCACAGACACCGCACCACCUUACCAAUCGGCAAAGUGGCCCCUCAAAACUGGGACAAGCAAAAAGCACUCGCGCUUCAAAUUCUCCCCGCACCUUUCGCAGAAAUGGUCCAAAAAACCACCAAACCAUUCAUCUCGGCUAUCCACGACCGGGAAAUAGCAAAACCAUCUCUCUUUGACGGAAAAUUACUAUUUGUAGGUGAUGCGCUGGCGACUUUUCGUCCGCAUGUGGGUUCGAGUACUAGUCAGGCGGCGCUGGAUGCACAGCUGCUGGAACAAUUGAUGAAGGGUGAAAUUACGACUGCGGAGUGGGAGAGGAGGGUUCUUGAUUUUGCUAAAUUUACGGCGGUGCGGAGUGAACUUUGGGGUGCGUAUUAUAUUUUUGGGGUGCCGACGUUGGCUUUUGUGACGACUUUUUUGCGAUAUUGGAAGAUGGUUGCUGUGCAGGCUUUUUGGAGGCGUAUUUAUGGUUAGGUACUUAGUAUCUCCGGGUUUUGGGGGGUGAGGGCGCGGGCGCGGG